UAGAGAAGUCAAUGUCAAUUUCAAUUUGACAAAUUCGAUCUUUCACCUCCAUAAAACGGCAUCCGUUGUGCCUUCUUUACUACUUUUCUGCAUUGAUUGAUUUACAUUUUACUGUAUUCUGCAUGUUUAUAACACAUACAGUAUUAUUAAAAGCGGUUAUCGAUCAGCAUGUUGCUGACCAUAUUUAAUUUGCCGUCAUCGACGCGGUAUGGAGAUGUGAAGUCAUUGAUACAAAGUAAUUGUGGCCUGAGUGACGUGAUCUUGGAUAAUUUGGUAAACGAUGUAAAUAACACGAAGAAAGUGACUGUCGGUUUACCUGAAGAAGAAGAUGCCGCCUUACUUGUGAGAAAGAUUAAUGGCAUGUUUCUGGAAGGAAAGAUUCUGUAUGUUGAAGCUCUUAAGAAAAAGCAGGCUAACAUGAAUCAAGAUAAUUUGCCGAAGCCAGCUUAUGAAGGAGGUCCACAAACCAUGCAACAAAGACAGCAACCAUCUGCAAUGAUGCAUACACAAACAGCUCGGCCAGCGAUGGUCCAGCAGCCCAUGCUUCAACAACCGUAUUAUCAGCAGAACAAGUACCACACUCAACCCACUCCAUCAGGAUAUCAUAGCAUGCCUCUGCAGCAACCUCCGAUGCCCUUUGCUGGAGUCUACAGGGUCCAGAAUCCAACUAUCAGCUAUGGCUAUCCACAACAAAUGCAGUACCAACCAUCGCAGCAACCUAUGAUGGGACAGAAUCUGGUUGGGUUUGAUAAAAGGGGGGCUCCUCUUGGGUUCGGCAGCCAAGAUAACAAUCCCAAAGCCAGUUUAAAUCAAAAUGAUUGGAAUAUGGCCGGGGAUGCCUCUGGUGGGAAUCAAAUGUCCCAACAGCGCAAUCCUAGGUUGCAAGGAUGGGAGGCCACUGAUCGAAGCAGUCUUUCUCGCCGUGAGAGUGCACCUCGUGACUCUAACCGAAACCAAUCUUCGCGCGGCUACGGACGAGAAACGUCUUCCCGUGACGUGGGCCGUAACUCGUCUUCUCGCGACACCGGCCGAGACUCGUCUCGGCGUAGCUACGGACGAGAUAUGCCCUCACGUGAUCGUGGGCGGAAUGCAUCCAGCAACGUCGACCGCAAUCGUCGUCGGGUUACACCCAGUAACCAGUACGGGCAAGACCGGGGUCGGGAUGCAACCAAUGACUUCGGCCACGAUCGUGGCCGGGACGCGCCCAAUGACUUCGGGCACGAUCGUGCUCGAAAUGAUUACAGACAAGACCGUGACCGGGAUACAACUGGCAGCUACGGACGAGAUCGAGGUCGGGAUGACCCUUAUAACUUCAAAGGUAAUCGGGAUUCACGUAACAGCCAUGGUCGCGAUACUCGUGAUACUGGGAGGGAUGCCCCCGGGCGCGAGCGCGGUCGCAACGCGCCCCCGCGUCGUACAUCCCGCGAUCAUGACAAAGACUUAUCACAAAGAAGAGCAGAUCAACCUCGUGUGCCAACGAAACGCCAGUUUUCGCCUUCUGGCACUCGAGCAUCUCAUAAUACAAAUCAGUUUCCUCAGCGACAACAGCGAGGUGGUAAAUUAAACCAACCUCGAGAUAGGCCGCAACAACCGGCGAGAUCCGACAGUAAUUAUGUACCACCUUCAAAACAACCGAAAAAUGGCGAUGGCCCGCAAAGUGCUCCACAGAGACCGAACGCUCCACAAAGACCGAACGCUCAACAGAGACCGAGUGCUCCACAGAGACCGAGCGUUCCACAGAGACCGAACGUUCCACAGAGACCAAGUGUUCCGCAGAGACCAAGCGUUCCGCAGAGACCAAGCGCUCCGCAGAGACCGAGCGCACCACUGAGACCGAGCGCUCCUCAGCAAACGACUGCUCAGCAGUCAACAUUCCGCCGACCGCCACCUCCACAUCUGGCAGAUAAACAAAAUAAAAAGAAAGACGCCAAAGAACGCAUCUUGAUUCGUUCAGCUACGUGGCGAAACCAACUUGCUUCUGCCGUUGGAAAAGAGGUUUUGCAAAAUCCGGAACGCGACUUGAAAGGUAUUGCCCGCGAAAAAAUUUUGACUGAGGUGAAGCGUGCUAUACGCAUUCGUUUGCAAAAAAUGUUUGGUGAAAAUCAUAAAAUUACUUUACCUGAAAUGUUAAAGAUAUAUAGGGAGAAAUAUAGCGUUGAUACGGACACAGACUUCUUCAACGAAGUAAUGGAACACGUAUUGAAGAAUGGAGCCUAUCCAGAUGAUGACGGCUUGGAAAAAGACAUUCCAGUACAAAACAAGGGACAGAAUUUGAUCGUCAAAAUGGAGUCCGGUGAAGAUACGAUACCUCAAUAUCCACAAGGAGAUAAGAGAUUGAACAAAGCUAUAAAGAGAACAAAUGCGAUAAUGUUCGAGAAUGAAAAUUUGCUCCUGUCUCAGCUAGAGCCCGCUAUGCAGAAAGUGUUGAACGAAGAGGUUGAAGCCGUGAGCGCAGCGGUGACAGAGGAGCUCCAAUUGGAACCAGAACCGGAAUUCAAAGAGGCCCACAACCGCCUGAAGGCUUCACUCGUAGAUGAUUUUAGCAAGGCUCUCAAAGUGAAUAUCGCAAAACGUAUACUGAAUGUUGGUCCGAUAAUGGUGAGGAUAUUCAGUAUACCGAAGAUAGUAAGCAGGAACAAGUUGAUACCAGUUUUGUCUCAAAUUGGUAUAACCAGUCUCAGGAAGUCUGAAUAUAAGAAACCUCCAAUUUACUACGGUACCUGCGAGUCGUAUGCGGCUCACGACAGACUGUGUUCUAUGGAACCAAUUCUUGUUGAUGGGUGCACAAUAAAAAUGAAGCCCUUGCAUCUGACUGGUAAAAUGAAAUGGUCAGCUGACUCAUCAAGCAAAACCUCGUUGUCUCAAGAUGUUACUGAAAACACUGAGGAAGACUAUGAUUUAGAUGAAGAAAUGGAAGUUGAUAUGAAUGCAGAUGGUAACAAUAGCCAGGAAGAAGAGGAAGACGAAGAAAAUAAUGACUCGUUCAACCAAGAUGCUGGCAAUGAAACAAAAGAUGUUGAAGAAAAAGACACGGCUGAAAGUGUAUUAGGACGGAAUGACAGUCAAAACAGUAUUACACCAAGCACAGAAACCAAAAUAGAGGGUAGUGCUGAUGAAAACACACAAGAAACAUUGGUCACUCUUGUAGAAGACAGUAACGGAGCAGUGGAAGGAGAACGAGAAAGUAAAAUCGAAAGUGUUGAUCAUGGAGAAGGACAAACAAUUGGGAAUGAUGAUAAUAAUGAUGAGGAUUCUACCAAUAGAAAUGAUCAGAUUGAAGGAGAAGAAAACUAUGAUGAAAAUGAAGGAGGUUAUGAUGAAAAUGAAGGAUAUUAUGAAGGAAAUGAACAAGGUGAUGAAGGUGGAUUGGAACAGGGAGCUGAUGAUAGUGGAAAUACUGAAGUAGUAGGAGGACAAGAAUUUAUCCCGGAAGAGGAAGAACAACAAAAUGAAUAUGAGGAUAUUGACAUUGAUGAUGUUGAUGAGAAUGAUUUAGAAGAUUGGUGAUUUAGUAUGGCUAUUCAUCAAAUGUUGUGUGUAAAAUAAUAUUCCGAAAAUUCUAUUUUAGUGUUGUAAAAUCCAAAUCGGGUAAAGUUUAGAGACAUUGUUUUGUUUUAUCUGUACUUAGUAACAAAGCUGACUACUGGGCUUAUGGAUAUUUUGUUAAAAUUACAAGUUAAUAAAGAUGGCUCUGAUGUAGUAACCAAUGGAUAGAAUAAGUAAUGUGCACUUGUAUUGUCCGUAGUUUAAAUAAGCUUAUGAUAAUAAGUAAAGAUAGCAUGGACUAUCUAUAGCCACUAUUUAAAUCUACUAUAUAAGACUAAAGUG